AUGGCGAGAGGGUUGGGAGAUAUGAGGAGGAGGGGAUGGAGGGGCUAUAAUGGUUUGUUAGAGGGGAUGUGUUGUAUGGAGCUUGAGAGGAGGAAAAAGUUAUGGACUAUAUGGUCCGGUAAGGCUGACGUAAUUAGGUGGCUAACAGUGACCCAUCAUAAAGUUUCAUCAGGUGAUUCAAAGAUUAGGCGUUCACUCCAUCACCCUGCAUACCAUGAGCAUGACUUGGCUUUACGUUUCAAGUAA